GUAUGCAUGUGGCGCCGGUUUAAUGUGAGAAACAUUUUUUUAAUUUGCUUGCAGUAAAAUAGGCGAUUUGCGCAAGUUCAGCAAUACUAAAAUUACAUAAAGCAAUAAAAUCGGCUCGACGUUAAAAAUAACUUAAAUGUGUCAACGAACCUGAAUGCAAAUUUGCCAUUCAUCUCAAAGCAACACCCCCUGUUCAAGUGCUGAUAAAAUGAAGAACGUUUUGGAUGUGAUGUCGUUACAGCAGCACGUAGAAACGAGCAAAGCGCAAAGCAUGAAGCCCAUCGAUUAUCGAAAAUCAAGUAAGCCCGGCCUAGUGCCACUCUAUAUUUUUGAAUGUGCCACGAAACUAAAAAUGAAGCCACUAACGGCAGCGUGUGCUGCCAUUGUUUUCCAUCGAUUCUAUAAGGAGGUCAAGACCAGUGAUUACGAUGAGUUUCUGAUUGCCGCCUCGUCACUUUACCUGGCUGGGAAAAUCAAGGACGAUGACAGUGUAAAAAUUCGCGAUGUUAUCAAUGUAGCUUACAGUACGCUUAAUCGUGGAACGGCCCCUCUAGAUCUAAACGAUGAAUAUUGGGCUAUGCGGGAUGCUAUUGUGCAAGCCGAACUUUUAAUAACCCGUACCUUAAGCUUUGAUUUAAACAUUGAUUUGGCGCACAAGUAUUUAUUGUACUACAUGAAAACACUUCAGGACUGGAUGGGGCCUCAGGUUUGGAAUUCUGUGCCCAUUGCGCAAGCAGCAGCAUCAUAUUUGCAAGAUUUUCACCACAGUCCCAACAUUCUUAAAUAUAAGCCCACACACGUUGCUGUUGGGUGUCUCUCUCUUGCUCUACAAACUUAUGGAGUACAAGUUCCACUAACUGACGAAUCUGAGGAGGCUGCCAUGUGGUAUAAACCCCUGGUCAAAGAUUUUUCCAGAGAGAAACAAUGGGAGAUCAUUGAAGAUGUUAUCGAAGUAUACAAGAAUGAAGCAGCUCUUAAGUCCACAUAAGCAUCUAACAUUGCUAACACUGCAUUUCAUCAUAUAGUUAGGUACUUGUGAUAGCCCAGCAAAUGGUACACUAUAUGCCAUUUCCAUUCUGAUAUAAUUUAUUUUCGAACAUAAAUCAUGCGAAUAUAAGCUAACCAUAUACAUAUUUAUACGGUGUGUACGCACAUUCUACACAAAUGUUUACU